AUGAGUGAAUGAAAGUGAAAACACUUGAAAGUGAGCGUGAGAAUAUUCAUUUAGUUGUGCAUAAAUAGAUCUUAAAAACGUACACGAACAAAAACAUUCCAUGCACAUAUGUAAUAGCCUUUGCACACCCUAACGUUACAUUUUCAAAGCUGACUGAACGUUAAGGGUCCAAGUUGCCCACCGAAGAUACAUGUACAGCCCCACUCAGAGCACGUCACAUGCGGUUUCACGCGCCAUCAAAGAGCUGCGCGCACCGGUGCAUGGGCUCGUGCUGCGCUGCUAGUGCACAGACCCCCUUCAGGUGCACGCUGAGAGCAUGCUGCACCACUGCAGUGACAAUACGUCAAGCCACUUAAAAAACAACCACCACCUUUUUUAGACCAAAUUUUAACAAUGAUCCACAUUGAUACAAUUUUUUUACAGAGAAAUUUUCUACAUAAAAUACUCUUGACAUAAUUCUACCUAAUCAUGCAAUCAAAUUCAGAUGAUGAGAACUUUAUCCUUACUUGGCCUACAUGGUAUACUCUUUUAAUGCACAAUUACAAUUUCAAAUAGGCUAUUUCCAUUCGUUGCAUUUUACAUUUUUGCUGUUUCUUGUAUUUUAUGGUUCCCAUAAUUGUUUUACAGUUUAAAUUGUGAUUAAUACCUUAUAAGCUGUUAAAUGACCCCAUUGUGACAACUUAAAGUGUGACAACAUCCCACAAUAGCUUCUAUUUUUAUAUAUGUGCAUCUAAACAGAAAUUGUUUUUCAGAAAUUGAUGUAUUCACUGGAGUACAAAGUGUGACAACUAGCCUCGGUCUCUCCUUAGACAAGAUUCUAACUAAAAGUAGUAAAUUGAUUACAAAUUAACCUUACUUUAUUAAAAAAAUGCAACAAUUAGUAGCAACAAAACAAAUAGUACAUUUAUUUUCUUUAGUGCAGUUUUGCAGAACAGUUGAAAACCAAGACAGUGAGGGUUUGGGAGGGGCAGACGAGGAGAUUUCGUUUCAUCCUUUCAGUAGUUUUGUUCCUGUCGUUAAAGAAGAACUGAAUGUCUGCGCUGAAAAUUGAAAAAAUGUAUCAAAUAUACAUCGGAUUUUGUGUGAGUUUGUCACUCUUCUAUGGAGUCUCUGCACGGAUCUAUAAAGAAGGAGAGAAGGUACAAGUUGACUGUGACCCUAAACAGUCCGGCACCUUGACAUUCUGGUUUCGAAUAAACAGUAAAGGCGCAGACUAUUUAUUCAGUGUUAAAAGUGCGGAUAUAAAGGAAAAUGACUUAAAUUCGGAACACUACGCUAUCAACAAGAACAGUGGUAAGGUACAGCUGGACAUUAAGUCGUUCAAGAAAAAGACAGACAGUGGUGUUUACGUCUGCGCAGCCAUGAACAGCAAUAAACUCUUCUUCGGAGGGCUGACUAGAAUUGAAGGAGAACCAGAUCCAACAACCAUACCUCCAAAAAUUGCUACAACAAAGCCGCUCCCAGUGACUGCUACAACAAAAUCACCAUGUUUGUGCAAAAAACCAGAGCCGAAGCCCCGUUUCAACUGUGAGACUUGGAUAUUGUCGUCUUUGGCCGCUGGCUGUGCUCUUCUCCUCAUUCUGCUGAUCUUCACAAUUUUGUACUGCAACCGUUUAAGAACAAGACGGUGUCCCCACCAUUACAAAAGACAACCUCAACCCAGACAUGCUGGCCACGCGAAACUGCCCAGUAACCACUUUUAGCUCCAGUAAAGAAGCAGGAAAGUUUUCGUUGGAUACUUUAUCUUCUCAACAAGUACUUUUAAAAGCGGUUUCCUCCUUCAGGAUUAUUCAGUCCAUAGAACAUUAAAUCUUAAUGUUCCAAAAUGAAAAUGUUCGAAAUAUCAGGAUUUCUGUUUCUGUGAAUUUGUUAUUUUUAAAGUUAUCUCUUUGUAUCUGUUACUGUUACAUCUAAUACACCGACAAUAUGUUCCUUUAUGUGGUUUUUGAUAAUCUGUUCCUGGUGAAAUAUUUUAUGUUUUGCUUUAAUGUAGAUGUAUUAAAAACAGCUUAUUUUGGCUUAAAUUGAUGUCAACAAUGACCAAAAAGCAUUUGCAGAAAGUGUAGCUUUAAAGUUCAAAGUUGUAUAAUUGUAAUCUGUGUAAAAGAGAUUUCUGCCAUCUGCUGGCUGUAAGUGAUAUGAAGAAUCCUUAGAUCAGUCGCAUGCAUUAUGUGCUGAGCUUCUCAGCUUUACAGAACAAACUGCAUUCCUGCUGAUGUCUGUUUUUAUAAAAUUGAAUUGUAAAUAAACCAAAUUCAAUUAAAAAAAGGCUCUUGGAUAAAGUAAUAGGCCUAUAUCAUGCAUCCAUAGUGACAUGAAGAAUUUAAAAUAACCAAUUUCAAUAUAAAUAACCCAAAUGUGACAGCAAAAACUGUCAAUGGUCACAUGCCGAAGAAUAAAGUAAAUUGAAAAUUCUGGGGUAUGUACACCCAUUAAACUGUUUAUUUUAUUUCAGUAGGCCUAUGUGCUUUGUAAUCUUCCAGAAAUGCUGGUGCCCUUAAUGUGUAAAUACAUUGCAGGCUAAAUAAAGAUGGACUAAUCAGUUA